CGUUUCGUACGUAUAAAUAAUUUAACUAGCUACCGACCGUCGCCAGUCGACUACGGGACAACGGAUCAGUAAUAUCGUAUAUUCUUGUUUAUGUAUUAUUUUUCUUACGCGUUUCUAUUUUGUUUUUUCUUUUCUCUUUUGUAAUUAUUUGAAACAUUUUGUAAUUAUUUACUUACAUAUCUCGUUAGUAUCGUAUUAUUGUGUCUGUGAUCAUGUAUAUGAAGCCAAGGAUUCUACCGGUCCCAUUGGAAUUACAAUUCCACGCACAACUUCAUCAUCAUCAUCAACAACAUCAACAGAUGCUCUAUAGACAGCAACAACUUGCUCUUCGUCGAAAUAUAUCAGAAGACGUACAAAUCACGAAUAGAUGGUAUCUCGGUGGGGGACCACCACUUCCGGGUAAUGUUAAGGUCGAUUUGCAAAAUCGGAAGCUUUGGAAACAAUUUCACGCCGAAACUACGGAGAUGAUCAUCACGAAAUCUGGACGACGCAUGUUUCCAUCGGUCAAAAUUACUGUAAGCGGAUUGGAGAAACGCACUCGCUACUGCAUACUACUCGAAGUGGUACCGGCGUCAGAUCGUCGACAAAAGUAUGUCGAAAGUGGCGGAGGCGUCGACGAGACCGACACGAAAAGCGGCAGGCUCUCGUCAAGAGGAUGGAUGUCGACAGGUUUUGCGGAGCCACAACCAGAGAUCGAUCGAAGGAUAUACCUGCAUCCUGACAGUCCUGCUACUGGAGAUCAUUGGAUGCAACAAUUACCGAUUAGCUUCAGUAAACUCAAAAUUACCAACAAUUCGGUCGAACAUCAAAAUAACAUUGUUUUAACAUCGAUGCACAAAUAUCAGGUCCGCAUUUGGAUCAUCAGAUGCGACGAUUUAACACGCAUUAAAGACUUCCAUACUUAUCCCUCAUCGGCAUUCACAUUCAAGGAGACCGAGUUUAUCGCAGUCACAGCUUAUCAGAACGAAAAUAUAACAAAAUUAAAAAUCGACAACAAUCCAUUCGCAAAGGGUUUCCGUGAUUCCGGUCAAUCCCGAUGCAAAAGAAAAUUUCCGAGAGAAGAAAACAACGAACAGGAAGAAGUAAAUCGAUUGGACGAGGAAGAGGAGACCGCUUCUUCCUCGGAAUCGAUGCAACAGUCAACGACGCCAACAACGGUAGGAACACCAAACGAAAACGAAAAUCUUGACGAGAGAGAGUUGAGCAGUUGCGAGGACAGAAGUCCACAUUCGUCUACUAAAAAUCGUCGUGUAAAUGAACAAAACAAUCAACCAAAACUCUAUCGACCUUGGACGAAUGAUUCUUCACCUCGUCCAUCGUCAAUAAUUACGUUACCGAUCGCUCCUGUCAUCGAACAACCAUCGACUAUCACCGAAUUUCCAUUAGAAUCUUAUCUACGAUUUUCCCAUAGAUUUCAUUCGUUGUCUUAUUAUCCACAGUUUCAUUGAUCCACGUUUAAUUUCCAUAUUCAAUUAAUCCGACCGUAAGAUUAUAUUUGUCAUUAUUUAAAAAUAUUUUCUUUUUUCUUUCCUUUUUCUUUGUCUUGUUCUUCUAUAGAUAAUUUCAAAUCAUAGAUCAUCGGAAUAUGUACAAUAGUUACAAAAUGUAUAUACAUUGUUCGUAUCUAGAUAUAAAAUAAUAAUGAUUAGUGUAAAGGCUAGUGACGUACUACUAGUAAAAUUCAUUCGUAACGGCGACGUUAGUCAGAAUUAUCGCCAUAUUUUUUAAGUAAAUGUAUAAUCACCAAAGAUAUAUAUAUAUAUAGUAUACAUAUCCGAUAUCAUAUCUAAAUUGCGUUGG